GGUAGAAGUAGUAACUUAGUAGUUUCAGACUUGCUUUCAAUUCUCGGCUCAAAAAGUGGCGACGACACCGAGGCGACAAAUCACACAACACCCCGCGAUCCGCUCACCGACGCUGUGAAAGAGGUGUCUCAAUGGACUCAUGCGGCCCUAGUAAUGGCGCUAAAUCACUGCAACGUCAUUUCGCACAAGAUCGUUCACUUCAACAAGACACAGCGCGUAGCAAACACGCAAGUACAUCUACCUGCCCCGCUGGCUUUCGACAACAUGAGGAACAGACAUUGCAUCAAGCGGAUGCUGCGAUGCAGGCGUUUCAACAGGGGAGGGAAGUAGGGCCUUUGGUGAGACGUAUGCCGAUGAUGGGACAGAGUGCGCCUUUGCCUGUUAUGCAGCAGCAGCAGCAGCAGCAGCAUGCUCAAUCACAUGCUUGGACUGGUGAUUUUGAGAGACAGCAGCAGCAAGGGAAGAGUCAGAAUGGACCUGGUGCACAAAUAACAGGCGCUUGGGGUGCUGACUUUCUGGCAUUCCAGCAACAGCAACAGCAAAGUCAACAGAGUCAAUGGCAAGGCGUACAGCCGAUGAUGGGUAUGGGAACGGGUAUGAUGAGUCAUGUCAUGCAUCCACCAAGCAUGAUGCAGUCUUCGGGUAUGCUACAAAAUGGUCCAGCACGGACCAUGGAUCUCAGACCACAAGAAGAUCAAGCCUUCACGGAUGCUUUUGCACAAGCUGAACGAUCUGUCGCUGGACUUGCACUAGACCAACAAGAUGCGCAUGCAGCCAUGCAUCAACAAGGUCACGAGGAAGGGCUCGUCUUUGCAAAUCAAAAUGAAGCAGUGGACCACAUGACGCGGCAAGAAGGCCCCGUUUCCGCGGAAGAACACAGAGCAGUUGAGCAAAGUAUGGAGAAUGCGGCACUCUCACGCAUUGCAGGUGAUCUCAUCAAUGCCGUCGCUGCAGAUCAAGAGCAGCGCGGUGAGGUCGCUAGUGGUGGUGGCGAGCGACAGCUCUCUGCCGCCAUGACUGACAAGUUUCGCAAUUCAAAUUUCAUGAAGUUGAUGCAUGCACUCAGAGAUGGUCAGGUUGCACUCACGCAGGACGGUCAGGGAUUGGCUGAUACAGUGACAGGGGAAGAAGUGUCUGUGGCAGAGCCAGCGGUACAAGUGCCUGCGCUAACGGAGGAGGAUCAUAAGCAAAUUGAAGAGCAACGGCGGCGGCGUGGCGAGCCAAUUUACGGGAGCAAGUAUACUUUUGACGAUUCCCUCGAGGCAAUGAAUGACGAAUUGGCAUUGUCAAUGUAG